GAUGGGAUGCGAUGGCGGCACCAUCCCCAAGCGGCACGAGCUGGUCAAGGGGCCCCGCAAAGUCGAGAAGGUUGACAAAAAUGCUGAGUUGGUGGCAAGAUGGUACUACUGUGCUCUGAGUCAAGAGAAGUUAUGUCGACCAAUUGUAGCCUGUGAGCUAGGCAGGUUGUAUAAUAAAGAUGCUAUCAUUGAGUUUUUGUUGGACAAGUCACCUGAUAAAGCUCCUAUGGAAGCUGCAUCACAUAUCAAGAGCAUUAAGAAUGUAACAGAACUAAACCUUGCAGAUAAUCCAGCUUGGAGUGGUGAUAAAGAGAGUAUAAAAGGUGACAAAUAUGAUGACAUCCAGUCUGCACGCUUUAUAUGCCCUGUGGUGGGAUUGGAAAUGAAUGGAAGACAUAGGUUUUGCUUCUUGAGAAACUGUGGCUGUGUGUUCUCUGAACGUGCUCUCAAAGAAAUUAAAUCAGAAGUUUGUCACAAGUGUGGUGUUCCCUUUCAAGAGGAAGAUGUGAUUAUCCUUAAUGGUAAUAAAGAAGAUGUGGAAGUAUUGAAGAAAAGAAUGGAGGAUAGAAGACUUAAAAGUAAAUUAGAAAAGAAAUCAAAGAAAUGUAAGUCAGCAGAAUCAGCUUCGCAGCAAGAUACCGCUGAAGAUUCUGCAGGUCCAUCAAAGGCUAAGAAUGGAAAGGAUUGUAUCAAUUCCAGUUCCGGGGAAAAGAGGCAGAUUAUCUUCACCAAAAGUUCAGAUAAUGGAAAUUCAUCUGUACCAGGAAAAGUCAAUAAGGCGGCUUCUACUACUACGAAGAGAUCCAUUGCAGACAGCGAGGAGAAAUCUGAGGCAUACAAAUCUAUUUUUACAUCACACAGCUCAGCAAAACGUUCAAAGGAAGAGUGUUCCAAUUGGAUUACUCACACAGCAUACUAUUUCUGAAACAAUGAUGAGCCUGAUUGUAACAUUCAUUACUGCUUUGCUUCCCUCAGGCUUUUUCUGUACAACUCUGAUACAGAACUUUUGUUGUAAUCUGAUGUUAUCUGGAAUUACUCAGUUUGUAAGUUGUUUAUAAACUUGUGAAUAGCUAAUGAACUUGUAUGACAUGCAGCUUCUGCUAAAUAAGACCUAGAUCACCAG